AUGGGUUCAAAGGCAAACUUUGCAACAACCUUCAUUCUGAAGUUCGACGACGACUACGACCAUUGGAGCAUGGUCAUGGAGAAUCACCCUCAAUCCAAGGAGUAUUGGGUUGCUGUCGAAUCAGGCUACACAGAGCCGAAGAAUAUGGAUGGGACGACGACAACGCAAAUAAAGAACCUGAAGGAGAUGAAGCUGAAGGAUUUGAAGGCUAAGAAUUACUUGUUUCAUUCGCUUGACAAGUCAACUCUAAAGAUGAUUAUGCAUAAGGAGACGUCUAAACAACUAUGGGAUUCCAUGAAGUUUAAGUACCAAGGCAAUGCUCGAGUGAAAAGAGCUCAAUUCAAUCGUCUACGCCGGGGAUCUGAGCUCUUAACAAUGAAGCAAGGUGAAUCAAUCACUGAUUACUUUGGUCGAGUAAUGACAAUUGCAAACGACAUGAGGAAUUAUGAGGAAGAUAUGAAUGAUGUCAAGAUCGUUGAGAAGAUUUUGAGAACCCUCACUGAUAAGUGGAACCAUAUUGUUUGUUCCAUUAAGGAAGCUAAUGACAUAGAUCAGCUAUUUGUGGAUGCCUUGCAAAGUUAUUUGCUCGUUCAUGAGCAAAGGUUCAAAGCAAGUGGAGAAGAUGAACAUGCUUUGAAGGUAACUCACGAAGAGAGCUAUAGUAAAAGAGGACAAGGAAGAGCUGCUUUCUGA